CGUCCUCCGAAAUCGCCUCUUGGUCGCUUCUGGAAUUACCAUUUCCUUCCUGAUCAAGCUUCUCUUCUUCCUCGAAUCCUUGCAUGCCAAUCCGCGCGAGCGGCGAGCUCCAGAUCCGUCGGACAGCAGCGUGUUGUGGGUGCCCGCGAUGGAGCAGAAGAAAUUUUUGAUGUCGGCCAUCGGGGUGGGGCUCGGCGUGGGGAUCGGGUUGGCGUCGGGCCAGGCGGUAGGGCAAUGGGCGGCGGCGCCGAGGUCGUCGUCGACUAGUGGCCUCACGCCGGAAUCCCUCGAGCAGGAGCUGCGCCGGCAGGUGGUGGAUUGGGAGGAUAGUGGAGUUACCUUUGAUGAGUUCCCUUAUUACCUUAGUGAGAAGACCAAAGUUAUACUGACAAGUACAGCCUAUGUACAUUUGAAACAAACAGACAUAUUGAAGUACACUAGGAACCUUUCUCCUGCAAGCCGGGCUAUUUUGCUUUCAGGCCCUACAGAGCUUUAUCAGCAGAUGCUUGUGAAGGCUCUGGCCCACUACUACAAGGCUAAGUUUUUGUUGCUGGAUGUGACUGAUUUCUCCAUUAAGAUUCAGAACAAAUAUGGUGACAGUUCCAGAAAUAAAGAUGUGUUUGUUAAGAAGAGAUCUAUGUCAGUCACAGCAUUAGAGAAGAUUUCUGGUUUAUUUGAAUCUUUUUCAACCAUUCUCCAGAAGGAGGAUCCUGAAGGAUCCUUCUGUAAGGAAAGCAGUUGGGAGUUGACGCCAAGAAGAUCUGAUUGUGCUAAUAACACACAACAUCGUAAGACUGCUUCACUCUCAGCUGAUAUGGAUGUCCAUAGAUCUGAUUCUGAAGGUGGCUCUAUAAAUACAGUGCCCCUGCAACGAACCAGCUGCUGGUCUUUUGAUGAGAAAAUUCUUAUUAAGUCACUUUAUAAGGUUCUCAUUACGGUGUCUCAGAUUAGUCCAACAAUCCUUUACAUAAGGGAUGUUCAGGAUUUCAUUAGUAGAUCAGAAAAAGUAUAUUCUUUAUUUGAUCAGCUGUUGACAAAGCUAUCAGGGCCAGUGAUAAUAAUUGGUUCGAGAUUGUUAGGAACUCAUAAAGGAUGUGAAGAUGUUGAUGCAAGAGUUACCACUCUAUUCCCUUACAGUGUAGAGGUUAAGCCUCCAGAAGAUGAGACCCAUCUUGUUAGUUGGAUCUCCCAGUUAGAGAAAGAUACCAAAGCUAUUCAGGUUCAGGAUAACAAAAAUCAUAUCACAGAGGUUCUCGCAGCAAAUGAUCUAGAGUGUGAUGACUUAGGUUCUAUUUGUCUCUCAGAUAUGAAAGCUCUUAGUACGUACAUAGAAGAGAUUGUCUUGACAGCAGUUUCUUACCAUCUGAUGAAUACCAAAGAUCCUCAAUAUAGAAAUGGGAAGCUUGUUAUCUCUUCAAAGAGUUUAUCACAUGGCCUGAGUAUUUUUCAAGAAAAUAGGCACUGUGGCAAAGACACCAUAAAGCUAGAAGUAAAUGUUGAAUCAGGGGUAGGGAUAAAUGGCGAUAAUGCAAAUGCCUCAAAGGGGGAAAACAAUGUCAUUUCUUUAUUGCCUGAAAACAGUGAGGCUGGGAAAUCAGCAACAGUUGUUAAGGAUGGCGAGGCUACGGAAGUUGCCCCAGACAAUGAAUUUGAAAAGCGGAUCAGGCCAGAGGUCAUUCCAGCUAAUGAAAUUGGAGUUACAUUUGAUGAUAUAGGUGCCUUGGAUGAAAUUAAAGAAUCCCUCCAAGAACUGAUCAUGCUUCCUCUCAAACGACCGGACCUCUUUAAUGGCGGUCUCCUGAAACCAUGCAGAGGAAUACUACUCUUUGGACCACCUGGUACAGGAAAGACAAUGCUUGCCAAGGCCAUAGCAAAUGAUGCAGGAGCUAGUUUUAUUAAUGUGUCUAUGUCCACCAUCACCUCCAAAUGGUUUGGUGAAGAUGAGAAGAACGUUAGAGCAUUGUUUUCUGUUGCUGCAAAGGUUUCCCCUACUAUCAUUUUUGUGGAUGAGGUUGAUGCCAUGCUCGGACAAAGAACUAGGGUAGGAGAGCAUGAAGCAAUGAGGAAGAUCAAGAAUGAGUUCAUGACCCGCUGGGAUGGACUUUUAACAAAAUCUGGUGAAAGGAUCCUUGUUCUUGCAGCAACAAACAGACCGUUUGAUCUUGAUGAAGCCAUCAUAAGAAGAUUCGAGCGCAGGAUUAUGGUUGGACUACCAUCCCCCCAAAGCAGGGAACUAAUUUUGAAGAAACUUCUGUCAAAAGAAAAGGUAGAUGGAAUUGACUAUAAGGAAGUUGCAAUGAUGACAGAGGGAUAUAGUGGUAGUGAUCUUAAGAAUCUAUGCGUCACAGCAGCGUAUCGUCCUGUUAAGGAGCUGCUUCAGAGAGAAAGAUCUAAGGAAUUGGAAAAGGAGAAGGAGAAUACCGGUGAAGGUGACAGUUCAUCAGCAAAUUCAGCCAAAACAAGAGAAGAUGGCGAAACAGCCGUUGUCCUUAGGCCAUUAAACAUGGACGAUCUGAAGCAAGCAAAGAACCAAGUUUCUGCUAGUUUUGCCGCGGAGGGUUCUGUGAUGAACGAGCUGAAGCAAUGGAAUGAUUUGUACGGAGAAGGUGGGUCGAGGAAAAGGCAGCAGUUAACGUAUUUCCUCUGAAGUAUACAAUGUACAUACACGUUAUCUCACAAUCACUGUCGAUGAAAGAAAAGGAAAAAAACCCAGAGGAGAAGAUGCAUGCAUAUGGUAUUUGUAAGUAAAUUAGCACAGGUGUGUGUUUUGUUUUGGCUAUUGGGACGUAAUAAUGUUCUAUAUUCUUUUUGUAAUAUUAUGUUCGUGUUUCUAGUGUCGAUCUUUAUCCCCUAUCCAUGGACUCACCUGGACAUGCUCCAUUCGUUGUUAGAGAGCUACUUUAUUGGAAGCUUAUGAUUUUGCUCAUCCGAGCAUCA